CGGCGCGGUCCCGUGGAUGCGCUGGUGGCCAGCCCGCCGCCCGCUUGGCAGUGAAGUGGCCGACUGCUCCAUCUCACGCCUCGAGCGGCAGCGUCACCACUCUGCACCCGCCCACGCCGCCCUCGCUCGCUGCCCCCGUGCAAACUGAAUCCUCUGGAGGCCUCGGAUACGACUGCCCGUGCUGCCUGCGCUCCCCGCCCUGUCCACGGCGCCGUCUCAGCCCAGCGGCUCCCCUGGUUCGCGUGCGAGUGCGUGCUUGACCGCCGACCCCGUCAGCCCCGAGCAGGCGAAACACGGCGCCCCUCACGCCGGCGACGCAGACGAAGCCCACGGGGUCCUGGGCGCUGGUACCUGAGCCUGAGCGCCUGCUGCCCGCCUCGUGCACGCGCGCUCGUGUUGCUGUCCGCUGCCGGCCGCACUCUGGAGCUCAGUGCAUCUGCGACGCCCUCGAGCCGCCGCUCACCCACCCGCCCCAUGGAGCACGUCGACUACUUCACGCCGCAGCGCGACCCGGCGCCGGUCGACUCGGACUCGGACAUGGCCGCGUCGGCCGUCGCCUCGUCGUCGCGCGCCGCCAUGCUCUCGUCGCCCGUCGCGCGCGCCCGCAAGCCCAGCCGCCUGUCGCGCUCCGGCGUGCCGCGGCCCAUCAUCACGCCCACGAGCCCGCUGUCGGCGACGCUGCCGCACAGCCUGCUGCCGUCGGCCCCCGCGUCGCCGCCCACGCCCGCGCCCAGCCCGACGCCGACGCAGCGCGCGCCCGACUGGAGCACCGCCGCCGAGCAUGAGGACUCGCACAUCAAGGCCAUCCGCGGCCACUUUGGCGACAUGAACCGCGCCGAGCGCCUGCGCCUGCUGGGCGAGCUGCUCAACCUGUGCGACAGCCAGGAGCUGAGCUUCGUGGCCGACUUUGUCAGCCCGCGCCUGAAGAAGGACCCGUUCCUGGUCCUGCCCACCGAACUGUCCCUGCGGAUCCUCGAGUGCGUCGACGACCCCACCACGCUGGCCCGCGCCUCGCAGGUCUCCAACAAGUGGCGCGACCUGGUCAACGACGACGGCGCCUGGCGCCUGCUGUGCCAGAAGUACUCGUUCCGCCAGCUGCUGCCCCACGAGCGCAACGGGCCCGCCUCGCCGACCGACGCCAUGGACACGGAGCAGCCCUGGACAGAAGACGCCGCCCGCACAUCGCGAGCCGACGACACGCCGACGAACAAGCACCUGGAGAUUGGCUCGCCGACCGCCGCGACCGGCGAGCUGCGGACGCGCAGUCUGGACCGCGACGCCCAGCGCACCGUCUCCCGCAAGUCCAAGGCCAUCACAUACCGCUCGCACUUCAAGCAGCGCUACAUGGUCGAGACAGCCUGGCGCAACGGCGGGGUCUGCGACGCCCGCCAGAUCACCCCCGACCAGGGUGUCGUCACAAGUCUGCACCUGACCAAGAAGUAUAUUGUAGUCGCGCUCGACAACGCGAAGAUCCACGUGUUCGACACUGUGGGCGACCACCAGAAGACACUGCAAGGCCACGUUAUGGGCGUGUGGGCCAUGGUGCCCUGGGGCGACCUGCUGGUCAGCGGUGGUUGCGACCGUGACGUCAGAGUGUGGAAUCUGGCUACAGGUUACCCCCAAUUCACACUCCGCGGGCACACCUCGACAGUGCGAUGUUUGAAGAUGUCGGACGCUAACACCGCCAUCUCCGGCUCGCGUGACACAACACUGCGCAUCUGGGACUUGAAAAAGGGAAUCUGCAAGCACGUCCUGAUCGGUCACCAGGCCAGCGUCAGGUGUCUGGAGAUUCACGGCGAUAUUGUCGUGUCCGGGAGCUACGACACCACCGCCAAAAUAUGGAGCAUCUCCGAAGGCAAGUGCCUGCGCACACUGACCGGCCACUUCAGCCAGAUCUACGCCAUUGCCUUUGACGGGAAGAAGAUUGCAACGGGCAGUCUGGACACCAGCGUUCGAAUCUGGGAUCCGAACGACGGCAAAUGCUUGGCGGUGCUACAGGGCCACACUUCGCUCGUCGGCCAACUCCAGAUGCGCGACGACAUCCUCGUGACUGGCGGCUCCGACGGCUCCGUCCGCGUCUGGAGUCUGGCCACCUACCAGGCCAUCCACAGGCUCGCGGCACACGACAACAGCGUCACCAGCCUGCAGUUCGACAACACCCGCAUCGUCAGCGGCGGCAGCGACGGCCGCGUCAAGGUCUGGGACCUGAAGAAAGGUACGCUCGUCCGCGAACUCAGCACCCCCGCCGAAGCCGUCUGGCGCGUCGUCUUCGAGGAAGAAAAGGCCGUCAUCAUGGCCAGCCGCGGCGGCCGCACCAUCAUGGAGGUCUGGGACUUCUCGCCGCCGCCCGACGAGGACCUCGACACCCCACGCUCCGGCAGCCCCAUCAGCAUCCCCGACCACCUGGACCUGGAGCACCCGCGGCCGCAGUCGGCGAUCCUGCCGCGCACCGCAUCGCUCGUGGCCGACGACAGCGCCGGCGACGUCACCAUGGCCGAUGCCGAGGCGUGA